AUGCACGCCAUUGUGCAAAAAUGCCGGCACUUAUUCCGGACUUCUUUAAAGCGCAGUCUCGUUGCAAUCGCUCUCGUCAUUGCAUUUACAAUUUUCAUGCUUAUACCUCGGUCAAGGGAACAACCUUUAGCAAUCCAUGCUUCAAGUCGAAAAAAUGCCUUUUUUCUAGGCUCAGGGCCUGCUUAUGAUGGGGGUGGUCUCGGUCAGCUUGUAUUGAAAACUUCGCACGAAUCAUCGUCCAUACCUUACGACCCGUAUCCUGAAUAUAACAGCGGCGAAUGGAACAACACGUGGAAGGGAACCUAUCAGCAAUGUGUUGGCCCAAAUGGUUCAGUCCUGGAUCGUAGGGACGCGGAAACAGCGAUGAAAGGAUUUCACUGGAAUCAGUCAGAAUUUCCAGCGCCUAUAUUUGGAUCGUACGAGGCGUGGAAUCUCAAUUGGAGUUUCUGCGUCGACCGAUAUUCUCGAUAUGGAGCAUACGGCUACGGAGAUCAAACACACAAAGUACAGUGGCAGGACGUGAAUUGGGCCACUUUGCAAAAGGACUGUUUGCAGCGCAAUGCAGACCGGUAUCAACCUUCGGAUAUUCGCGAGAAGACAUCGACUCUGCACAGGGAGCAAGAGGAAGGAACAGCGAAACGUCAUGAAAGAGAGAAGAGAGAGACAAACCGAGACCAUACCUCUGCUAUCUUCAAACCACGGAUAGGGGUGGUUCUGCGCACAUGGCUCGACAUGGAAUACACGAAUGAUGAUCUUUAUUAUAUCCGGUCGAUUAUAAUGGAGCUGUCGCUCUUAUCAGGCGCAGAAUAUGAGGUGAUCCUCUUGGUUGAUGCGAAAGACACUGAAUUGCCUUAUCCAGCGGACUUGGACAGUCUUAAAAAGUCUCUUCCGCUAGAGCUCCGGGAUCUGGCAGUAUUCUUCAACUCAAAGAUACUAGAGGACUGGUACCCAAUGAUCGGUAUUCACGAAGCCAUGCUUCAAUACUUUCAGCCCAUGCAGAUUUUCUCACGAUUGAACCCACAAUACGACUUUUUCUGGCAGUUUGAGAUGGAUUCACGUUAUACGGGACAUUUCUACGACCUUCUCCAGCAGGCAACAGAGUUUGCAAAACAACAGCGUCGCAAGAAUCUAUGGGAGCGCAACUCCUACUUCUAUAUGCCCGCUAUCCACGGGAACUGGGAAAAUUUUACCGAUCAGGUAGAUCAAAGCAUGACAGGCGUUGAUAGUAUCUGGGGACCACGGCCAGCAAAAGGCAUCGAGGCUUGGGCUGAAGCACCAGAGCCACCGCGCGCAGAUAUGGAAGAUGAGUCUUGGAGCUGGGGCGUGGGCGAGGAAGCUGACUUGAUCACCUGGCUGCCACAAUUCGACCCUCAGCAUACUGAUUGGCUUCUUACUAACCGUAUAUAUAAUUUCCGGCAGAGGGGAAGCACUCCGCGGCGGGCAUCUGUUGUCGCGAUGUCCCGUGUCUCGGCGCGAUUACUUCGCCUUAUGCAUAAGGAUACGACUGAGAAAGGGCUGGGACUAGCAUCUGAAAUGGGCCCUACCUCCUGGGCUCUUUAUUAUGGAUUGAAAGCCGUUCAAAUUCCUCAACCCAUUUACCAUGCGCACGAAACAAGUCCUGUUGAGCUCAAUCUCCGAGCUAAUUCAGGCAAGCCUGGUAAAAUCAGCGCUGGGCGGAAUAGUAUCUGGAACUGGAACCAGCACAAUGAUAUCAUGAUGAAGAUAUCAUACAUGUAUGGGUCGCAAUUUGCCGGAAAGAUUUAUCGAGCUUGGCUAGGUUACGAUGGUGCAGACGACCAUGAUCAUAGUGAUCUCUGCCUGCCUCCGAUGUUCUUACACCCCGUGAAGAACACCAAAAAAUAG